AUGAUUAAUAGAUUCAAUAGUAUUAAUAGUUUCAAAAAAAAUUUAAAAUUAAAUUAUUUAAAAAACUUUACCCCUUCUAGUGGGAAUUUUUUAAAUAGUUUUACAACUACAAACACACCACUUUAUAGCAAGCAAAAUAGUAAUAAUAAUUGCAUACAAUUUUUUAAUAAUGUUAAUAGUAAAUUUGUAAAUAGAAAAUAUUCAACCAACAAUAAUAGUAAUUUUAUACAACAACAACAACAACAACAACAACCACAACCACAACAACUUGUAAAUAAUAAUCAUAACAAUAAUAACAACAACAAUAGUCAUAAUAGUCAUAAUAAAAAAAUCUAUACUUGCAAGGUAAUUAGUACAAGUAGAAGUUAUAAAAAAGGAAUUGAAAAUUUACCAGAGGGAUUUAUUCUUCAAAGAGUAUUCGAGCCAAGUAAUGUUAGAUGGUUGGUUAACGAAGAAAGCAAUCGUGAUGUUUAUAUAUUUCCAUCGUUUGGUUGUGUAGUAUCAUGGGGUAUCACCGAUGCACAGUUACAGACUAUUUUAAAUUGGUUAAAGCCAUAUGAAAUCAGACCAAAUCAAACACCACUUUCAGAUACAUAUCGUUACAAAGUAUCCAAUCAAAAAUCAUUCAAUUUUGAAAUUUCAAAAAAGCCACAAGAACUCUUAAACUUAUCAAAAGCUCAAGGUGAUCAAGAAAUUGAAAAGUUUUGUUCCUCAUAUGCAUUCGCUCAAUCGGUUGCAUUGUUUCCAUUAGAAGAUAGAGUUCAAAAUAUUAGUGAUAUUGUCGAGAAUAUUUCUAUCACUGGUAAAAUUAAUCAAUUAAAAAAGAUUGAAAUCAUUCGUCAACUUGGUGAACAAUUAUUAAUCAAGAGUAGCAUCAAUUUACACUCUGAUUUUGAAACACCAGAAUUCUUUUGGGAAAAUACUGAAGGUGAAAAUAUUUACAACACUGUCAGAUCACAUUGCGAAAUUGGUAAACGUAUUAGAAUCAUGAAUGAAAAGUUAAAUUUAAUCACUGACAUUUACGAUGUUAUCAAUGAUGAGCAAAAACACAAGCAUUCAAUUCGUUUGGAAAGAAUUAUUAUAUUUUUAAUUGCUAUGGAAAUCUUUAUUACCCUUUUAAGAGAAUUCCGUGAUUAUUAUUUAGAAAAAAGAAAAGAAGAGGAAGAAGAAAAAAGAAAAAAGGAACAACUUUAG